AUGGAACCGAGUGUAUCUGUUAAAAUUCCAGCGGAAGGAAUAAUAAAUCUGACACCUAUAGAAAGGCAGCUAUUUGACGAACUCCUAAGAGUAGUCGAAGUCACCCACUGUAACACUGUCCUAAGAGUUGCAGGAGGCUGGGUAAGAGACAAGAUCUUAGGCUUGCAUAGUGACGAUAUCGACAUUGCUCUUGACAACAUGAUGGGAGAAGACUUCGCAAAUCUAAUCAAACAGCAUAUUCACCAGUCUUCAUCUAUUGGAAAAAUCAAAGCAAACUCAGAAGCCAGCAAACACCUGGAAACAGCUUGUGUAAGAAUUAUGGGGCUUGAGCUCGAUAUCGUAAAUUUAAGAUCAGAAGAUUACACUGAAGUAUCAAGGAUACCGAGCAUAAGAAUAGGCACCCCAGAAGAGGACGCGUUUAGACGUGAUUUGACGAUAAACUCGAUGUUUUAUAACCUGCAUGAAAAUGUGAUUGAAGAUUAUACUAGGAGAGGAAUGCAAGAUCUUCAAAAUAAAAUUGCGAGGACCCCGCUGCCACAUUUUCAGACUUUUCUGGAUGACCCUUUGAGGAUAUUAAGAACAGUUAGGUUUGCAGCUAGAUUUAACUUAGAAAUUGAUCCAGAAAUCGAGCAAUCGGUAAGAGACGAUUCAAUUAUUACAGCACUGAAUACUAAAGUCAGCAGAGAAAGAAUUUCAAAAGAAUACACAUUGAUGGUAAGAGGAAAAAACCCUCAUUUAGCAUUAGAAAUUCUUCAUAGCUACAACUUACUGCCAAUUAUUUUUAAAGUCCCUUCUCCUUUUGAAAGCCAGCAUGAAGCAGGAUAUGAGCUAGCAAGAACACUUAAACAAGAUCAAGACGAUUUAAACUAUUAUUCAUAUACGACAGCUAUGCUAACUCCAUAUAAAAACGCUAAUCACUACAAAGUUGAAAGGAAAAAAGGCCAUUUUAUCCCUUUAUAUGAGUAUGUAUUGCUGGAGUCAUUAAAAUUUUCGAACGCAGACACAAAAAUUAUAUGCAAUGUUUUAGCGUGGAUUGAUAGAACAUUGGAAAUUCUUGAGAAUUUUGAUGUAAUUGAGGCAGCUUAUAUGAUUAAAGAGAAUAAAGAGUUCUGCACAAUGGUAAUUGAGAUUGCUGCACAUAUUAAAGCAAAGAGUAUAGAUCAAGAUUUAGUAGUGGAGGCUGUAGAGAAGGUGCAUAAGCAGAUUCAUGAUAAUAGACUUGGGGAAUUUUGGAAAGAAAAACCUUUAUUGACUGGAGCGGAUGCAAAGAAAUAUUUUAGGGUAAAUGGAGUGGAAAUUGGAAAACUGUUGGAGGAUGUAUUGAAGUGGCAAAUUUUGAACAGAAAUGGAUCAAAAGAGGAAGUUAUUGAGGUUUUAAAGCUCAGUUAUGAGUUUAUUUCAGAUUAA